AUGCAGUCACUCUUCACCGUCAACAACAACGUAUCACUCAUAAGCCUGACCAUAGCACCAAGUGCCUGGGUCGCCUCUCUUGUCGUCCUCCUCUUCUUUCUCUACUUUUACCUGCCGCGACUCGCUUCCUUGAAGGCCUUGUUCUUCCGCGUCAACUUUCUCGACAAAGCCAAAGGCAGCCAUCGCAAACAAGUUGGCGCAUACCCGACUGCGCCCAAAGACCCAAGAUAUCGAGAAGGGAUUGAAGAGAUAAACCGUCGAAAUUGGAAUCGCAACUAUUCUCAGCAUCAGGACGACUGCUAUCAACAGUAUCAGUAUCAGCAACAGUAUUAUCCAGACCACGACGGCGCCCAAGGGAUAGAAACAAGGGAACUACAUUACCGACAACGUCAACAGAAAGCCAUCACCGAUAAGCAACUUCCGGCCCUACUCGAAUUCUUUGGCAGGAAGAAAAGCAACGAUAGCAACAUCAGCAGUGAAAAGUUGACCAAAGAAAGAGACAAGGAAAAGAGUGGAGGACUCUUGCGACUGAACAUCUACCGCACCAGCAGAGAUUCUUCACCGAGCCCAGUCACCAGCAGCAGCAGCGCGCGCCACGUCAUCAGCUACGGCACGCGCCAAAUCUUUGCCAACCAUGACAGCUGUAACGGCGGCCCCGCCGAAGAACCUAGGGCAUCUCGACCAUCUUCUCGACGAUUCACUGGAGGACUUCGAGCACUGUCACUCGCUCCCAGCGAAACUCCGCACCCCCAGCAUCCCCAUCAUCACCAGCAGGCGACACCGUUCGGAUACCCAUCAGUGCACUCGGGUUUCCGGAGCGACGACACGGAGAGCGACAUGAGCGACCAGGAGGCGGAUGGCGGGGAAGCCUCACACGGUGGCUACAGCCCGCCAGCCUGGAGGCGCCUCGGCAACGGCGACCGGAGCAGCGGCUUCUGGCGCAAGGCUAAUUCGCAUCUCAAUGACAUCGACCCCCUCUUGCUGAAUGGUUUCGGCGGUCUAGGCGGCGGUCUAGGGAACGGCGGCUGGUCAAGGGAGUUCGAAACCAGUCCCGAGUAUGAUAGCAUGAAUGAAGACGAUAUGGACCAGGACGCAAUCCUGCAGAAAGCCAUCAGGACAAGGUUACCAACGGGAAGCCUAAGUCCUGAAAAGGAGAGGAGCCCAGAGCCAGAGUAUGCGCGGCGUCAACAGUUGCAAAAGCAGGCCGAACGCCAGCAGCAGCAUCACCAAAGGCUAGCGCCGGUAAUCGAGGAAGACGAUGUCAAGAUCAAGGAAGAACCGAUGGAGGAGGAUGCGGGCAUGGUUUUGAGGGGGUUACCUCACUUCCGCUUCGCGGUCAGGGCAGAAGUCCACCAGCGUACAGAACCCAUUGAAACAGCCGUUGCUUUCUUGCGCAAAUGGCUCGGCCCGCUAACUAGGUCAUGGUCAUCCAUGUUCCUGUCGGGACUCGUAGCCAUUCUUUCCUAUGCCGCCAUGCGGUCGCUCUUUCAGCCGGCGUCUAUGAGCCCCGUGCCUGAUCUCGUCAAGGUGGCCGGUGUGGCGCGCUCCUUUGAGCCGCUCAUCUACUACUCCGAGAAUGGCAUCCAGCAAGUAGGCGACCUGCAAGCGACAGGCGUGGCGGUAUGGGAUCUAGGCGAGAGUGUUCGGAGCAGUAACCUCACGUCGGCGCCGAUUAUCGUCAAGGAGCUGGACGAGUUGAGCGAGAGUCUCAAGACGCUAGCAAUCGAACUAACCAAGUUCUUUGCCAACGUAGACGGUGACAUCGAUGGCAUCCUAAUAGUAAUGGACUGGGCCCGCCGCGAGCUCUCCCAACUCCAACACUUCCCCUCGCCCCCCCUUUCCUCCUUCUUCGACAACGUCCACAACCUGCUCUCCGCCUUCGGCAUCCUCGAAGACCCCGACACCUCCCAGCCCACCCGCCUCGGUCUAAUCGCCACCUCCCUCUUCGGGCCGUCCACCCCUCAACGCACAAGGACCACCCUCCAGCGCACCUUCAACGAGUUCCUCGCCGUCCUCGAGGAGGCCAUCACCAACGAACUGCAGCACUCGCUCGCCAUCUUUGCCUUGUUCGAAGCCAUCGACCACCAAUUUUUGAAUCUAGCCCGCACGGUGGUGCGCGAAAGUUCCCUGCAAGAAGAACUCCACGCGGAUUUGUUGAGUUCCCUCUGGACGAGAAUACUAGGCGCCAAGGCGUCCGAUAUCCAGAAAUACGAGCGCAACCGGCUUUUGCUUCUCAACGUGCGCGAGAAGACGGUGCGCAACAAGGGGAUACUGGUGGAGCACAACCAUAAACUUUUGGCGCUUAAAGCUUCCCUCGAAAACCUCCGGCGGAAACUGGUUUCCCCCUUGGUGAGAUCGGUCAAUAGCUCCACUUUAACUAUUGACGAGCAGAUUCGCGGAUUGGAAGACGUGGGUGUUUAUCUCGAGGGCGUCAGGACGAGGCAGAAGGGGAAGUUGAUGGAGAUGUUGUAUGGUGGGGGGAGUUAUAGGGCGGGGAUUGGGUCGGAGGGGGGGAGUGGUGGUAAUGGUGGUAAUGGUGGAGGAGGAGGGUAUGGUGGAUAUGGAGGGCAGUAUGGAGGGCAGUAUGGUGGGGGAGAGGCGAGGGAGGUGAGGUUGGUUGCUGAUGCUGGUGGUCAUCAUGGUCACCAUGGUCAUGGUCAUGGUCAUGGUCACGGGAGUGGUGUUGGAAGUGGUGCUACUAGGAGUGUGCAUGAGUCGCAUAGGGGGGAGCAAUGA